AAACAAAGUGUGCUGUAAACGGCAUUGAUUUUCUUGACCAAACCGGGUCAGUAUAAGAACCAGAAAAGAACUACAGUAGUUUUCUUUUGCUGGUGUAGUCAUCACAUUCAUAAAAGCACAUUGGUCACGAUAUUAGUCCAAUUCGACUCGAUUUUGAAAAGAAAACUAUUAUUUAGUGCACCCUGUAAACUGAUGCUGCGACAUCAAAGUGUCCAACAGCAAUUUACAAUUGACAUAUUUAUUAAAGGAUGCAUGCGCCAAAGUUGCUAGGAUACUAAGGAUAAGUGUCAGUUCACAAUGAGUCUAACCAACUGCAAGAAUUCCUUGGUGUAUGAUGAGCUCAAUAAACUAAUAUUUGAGUACUUGGAAAUCAAUGGCUUGGAAAACACUUUGGAUGCUUUCACAUCCGAAUGUGCAUCGAAAUGUUUGCCCUGCCCAUCCCCAAGUGAUCCAGAAUGCAAAGCUGCCUUCAGCCAUUACGAAGGCGUAAAAUUGUUGAAAGCUUUUGAUGAUGGGAAUCUGACAGAUUUUUUCAAGUUGUGGCGAAUAUUUCAAUCACAUAUUCAAGUGACCAGUGAUGACAUGGCUAAACUGGAGGUUUACAUUCGAGUCCAUUUUGCUCUUUGGCCACGAGCACAUAAUCAACCGGAAGAAGUUCAAGAGAAAGCAAUGGGUGAACUAAAACUCUUUUUUGAACAGCAAAAGUCAAGUUUAGGAAAAGAUUCAACAAUUCUUCCACUGUAUGCAUUACCAUUUGUGGAGGAUCCCUUCUCACAUCCCAUUUUCAAAGAAUUAUUCCGUGAUUUGUGGACAAUGAAACUUCGAAAUCAAUUGGAAGUGACGGUGCAAAAAUACUUCGAACUCUUACAGGAGAACAUUUGUUCACACUCGAGACUAGCAGAACUUGUCGUAAAAGGAGAGCGAUAUGAAGAGGGGGGUUUUGGGUGUAGUAAUAAGGCAGGUUUCCACCAAGACCGAUUUUAUCAACUGCUGGGAAAUCAUAGGAAAAUCCGAAAACUUCUUCAAGGGACACGAGAAAGCUAUGCAAAACUACUGCUUGUUACACAUGAACUUGUGGUUGCUUUGGAACAAUCAGUUUCUGGUCAGCCAAUCCCAAUGGAUUCAAUUUUGGACAAGUGCUUCUAUAUUUUUCCAGAAAUUUUUACACCGAAAACUUUGAACUCUGCGUCUGAUGUGGAGGGCAAACCUAACAUCGAGUACUUUAAACAACUCAGUGCCUCUGCUAAUUUUGAUCCGACACAAGACUCUGAAGUUAGCCUAUUUUUUCUUGGAAUUUCGAAUGUGAGCCCAGAAUUCCUCGACUAUGAGAAAAUGAAGGAAACUUUAACUGACGUUUCGACGGCGUCAGUUUCUGAUAAACUUUGCCUGCUCCAAGCACUCCGAUGGCUCAUCACCAGAACUACAGAAAGUUGUCGAGCAACUGCAGUGGAAUCAUUUGUCGGCAGCGACAUUUUUGGAAUUAGUUUGACGACUCCAGAAUACAGAGAGAAACUAUUUCAUUGCAUGCUCUACCCCACCCCAACGUAUCAAAAAGAGUGCCUUGCCCGAUUCGUGAAUGCAAUCAGUUCGACCAGAACCGGACGAAAUUACUUGUCAUCCACGGUAUUUAUAGCGGACACGAUGAUAAAAUCUCUGACAACUUUCACCGGAAUCACGGAAUCAUUCAUAUGUCAAAUGGUGGUUGCAACGCUGCAGAAGCUCAGUUUAAAAAGGAGCAUGCGUAUAUUCAUGAUACAGCACAAGGUUAUCGAUUGGCUUGUGAUGUUCAUCAAGAAAGAGCUGGAUGAGCAAACGACAGCAGUAUUGGCCAAAACUAGUGAGAAGGACAAGAGUAAAAAUCACAAUGACCUCUCAACAAUAGGAAGCUUUAACCCAUACUUGAUGGAAUAUGCUUGGGCAUUGCUUAUGAAUCUUUGUUUGCACGAGGAAGCGUGGACAUCAUGUAUUGAGAACGGUGCAGAUCUCAUUAAAUGUGCUUGCACCAUGUUAAAAGUCACCCCGAGAAAAGAUUUGGCACCAUACGUUGUAAGUACUUUGUACUCUGUUCUACGCUGCCCAGAAAUGUACGACUUGGCAAAAAAAUUGCAGCUAGAAACAUUAGUGUCUCCCUUACUUACGGAAAAUAGUGAACUCGCCGAACAUCUAAAUAAUCUGAUUUCCUUGCUGUAUAUGAAAGGCUGUGAUCGAAUCACGUCCUCUCGAGAAACAAAUUACGAUGACGAAGAUAGUCCUGAUCCGGAUAUUUUCGAACCAGAAAUUGAGUUAUCUGAAAGUUGGACAACUGCUCUGGUGGAGGAAUCAGAUCUGACAGGGGAUGAUUUGCUACUCAGAAAGUAUUUGAUUGAAAAGGCUGAUCCUGUAGUUCCAGAAACUGAUAAUGCUUCAGCUGAAAAUGAGUUGAGAACAAACACAGGAGAAAUAAUAAUUCGACCCAUUACUCCGACAACAAUGGGUACUACUUCUAUUGGUACAACUACAACGGGUAAACCCAAGAAAAAAACGCCUCAACAACAGCUGCAUUUCCAAACUUUGACGAACGAUCCUAACUCGACACUAAGUUCUACAUCCGUCCAAAAGAAAACAGGGGUGAAAGAGGCUGGAAUUAAGGGUUACUCUUCCAACAACCCCACAACAGCACCAAAACCUAAGGGCACGACAUCCUCGUCCUCAGAUCUUAACUACUUUGGUUCACCAUCAAGAUCCGAUUUGAAAACUCCUCCAAGGAAAUCUAGCAUCCUUAAAAAGAGCACAACGUCAUUAACCGGUAAAACAAGAACCUCCACGGAAAGAGAAACUGAUGAAGUGGUGCUAGAUUCAGUUUACCAAAGACCUGGACAAGAGCCAAAAAAGGGAUCAACUUCCGUCACAGGAGAGUCAGGAGGGAAACCGGGAGGCACAACAAAGCAUGGAAGGGUUUCAUUCUAAGCAUUGCCAUUGCAUUAUGUAAGAUGGACACUAAUUUUAAUUGAAGAUUCAAUGAUAAAAAAGAUACUCAAAUUCUAAAGAGAUUAAAUAAAACUGCUGGCUCUGUGCAUAAUA